CGACAAAAGUCCAUCAUUUUAAUAUGAUAUUCUUUCUCUUUGGGAUAAUCUUUAUACAUAUUUUCGGCAUCCAAUUUGACCAUUUUCAUAUUGAUGCUAUCAUUUUUACCUAUAUACUUCUUUUGCUUAUACAAACACUCAACAAAGCACUGCAAAGUUUAGCAAAGUAAAUAACGAUUAUAACGAUAUAUAUGUAUAUAUACCAACCGAUAAGAAUUUCAUGGUUUUUGCCAUAUCUUGUUCCCCCUCUGCUGGCAAUUUGGCUGCGUGUAUGGUAAAACAUUUAACCAAAUGUUCUUCAUCGCCUAAAUAGAUUUCCGAGCAGCAGCCUUGACGCUAUAAGACGAAGGAUUUUGAUAAUUUGCUAGGAUAAAAUAGAAUGAAGACUCACUUCCUUGCCACAUGUUUCCGCAUUGAGAUCACCAUCACUGAUUGUGAUGGCUUUGGUAGUCGUUGUGGCUACUUCUGCCGAAUCCUCAUCAGCUCCUCCUCCUUUGCCCACAGUCAGAAGGAUCACCAAAAGUAGACCAAACUUUAGUUGAAACAUUUGACACGUCUAUGAGCAGAAAAAUACUUUGCUUGUGGCAUUUAUAAACUGUGUUCAGCAUCAUCAAUCAUCGCAUUAGUUUGCUUAAUUAAAUGUAACAAAUGUGACUAAUUAAGCCUUUAGAUAAAGCCUAAAGGCUUAAUCGUUUGGAAAAUAUCUAUCAGACAUCAUUUCCUGUCCCAAUGGGCUAUAUAAUGUUCAAUUUCUUGACCAGAAAUUACAGAGUUAACAAUGAAGUUGUUCAUCAUAUUGACAAUAAUCGUUUGUUUGAGCUGGUGUUCCAGUGGCAUAAGGAUAAACUGCAACAAGCCACCGCCCCUUAAUGAAGAUCACAUUUUCACAUGCUGCAAACAUCCCGAUGGUCAUAACGAUAUCACGGAAGCCUGUGCCAAGGAAACUGGUUUCAAAUUGCCCGGUGAAACGUUUGAGGCCAUGGUCGAUAUAACUGCCGAUCAAGCCAUGGAAGGCACUUGUUUUGGCAAAUGUGUGUUUCUUAAAUUGAACUUUUUAAAGAAGAAUACCACCGAACUGGAUAUCGAGGCUGUGCGCAAAUAUUUCCAAACCAAGAAUGCAGAUGAUCCGGAAUAUGCCAAGGAAAUGAUCAAUGCCUUUGAUCAUUGUCAUGGCAAGAGUGAGGAGAGCGUUUCGAAAUUCUUUGCGAAUCCCAUAUUUAAGCACAUGUCUCAUAAAUUCUGUGAGCCCACGUCCAGUGUGAUUUUGGCUUGUGUAAUACGUGAAUUCUUCCACAAUUGUCCAGAUGAUCGUUGGGAUAAGUCUACGAUCUGUGAAGAAACUUUGGCCUAUAGCCGAAGUUGUAAUGAUUCUUUGACUACUUUGUGAAAUGUUUGAAAUAUUAUUGUUA